UUUGGGCCUUAUGGGUACCCUUUUGGGCCUGGGUGAAAUGCGUAAAAUCUCUUGUUCAGUCGAAACAAACUAGGGUUUGAGAUGAAGAAAAUGGUAAAGGCGGAAACGAAGAAGAAAGCAAAAUGUUUCAUGGAUGUGGAUAAGAAGAAGAAUAUGCAAAGAUUAGGAGGAGGAGGCUUAUCAUUGGAAGCAUUUGCAAACGCCAAAACCAAGACCAACACUUACAACCCUGCCAUUAUAAAGAAGCAAAGGGAGUUUUAUAAGAACGCUAAAUAUGUGAAUAAAUAUAAGAGGAUAGUUAAGCAGCAACAAGGAGAGCCUUCUGGUUCUGCAAGACAACUAGAGGAUGAAGAAGUAGAUAUUAGGAGAAAUAAGAAGAAUAGUGCUAGAAGCCUAAGAGAAAUAUAUGAGAGAAAACGCGAGGAGGAUGACAAGGCAAGGAUGGAGACGGAGGCCACUAUUCUAGCAAGGAAAGAAGAAAUGCAGAGAGCUGAAUCUCGAAGGAAAGAACUAAGGGAGAAAAUGUUCAAGAAAACUAAAUCAGGCCAACCAGUCAUGAAGUACAGAAUAGAACAUAUUUUGGAAACACUUCAAGGAUCAAAAGUAUAAGUAAUUGCAAAAGACAAAAGUCUGGAUGUAAGAGUUAUGCUUCAAGUUUCUAUAUCAAAGAAAAAACCAUCAUCUUGUCCGAUUAAUAUUACUUGACUCACUAUGUCUUUUGAACUUGAUGUCUUUUAUUCUUGCACAUCUUUACUUAUUCUAUCAUUUGAUUUCUUAGAUAGGAAUAGGAGUACCAGUAGUAUUUAAAGUCUUGAAUUCUCAUUAAUUUUGUAAAGGUGAAAUCAGAAUUUAAUUUUGAUGAAUGAA